AUGUCUACCGCAUUAUGGGACCCGUUCAUGGUGACGCAGCUUCCCCGGCUGCCGUCAAAAACGAGCGCAGUCUCUCCAUGUGUGAUAUCCAACAUAGAGUCUCCGCUAUCGACGCAAUUCGACUUCGGAGUCAGUGGCUCGUACAUUGGUUCCUACAUCACCAAACCUACUCCCAAGCUGAUCUGGUCGUAUUCGCUGUCUCCACAAGCGCGCGUGGAAUGUCUUGACUCGUUCAUUUUUGAGGAGGCUGCUGAUAGAGAUGAGUCAAGACUCUUUCUCGCGGGAAUAAAUGAGAGAAAGAAGAGCUAUAUGAGAAUAAUUACCUAUGGACGUCCCAAGAACGAGCCUGAGGACGACAAGAACACAUCGGAAAGCUUGUCCUUGUACAACGAGGAGGAGAGAAACACAACUGAGCCAGAAGGAUUGAGAGAAGUGCGCACUAAAGACGUGGUGUUAAAGGAGGAUUUAAUAGGGAUCAAGCUUUCCAGCAACGGAAGAAACGCAUACACACUUAGUAAGAACGGCUCUAUUUGCAUUUGGUUGGUCAAGCUCGAGGAUGAGAUUGAGGAGGAAGUGGUGUUUGAGCUGGAGUACGGCAAGAAAAGAAAUAUCAUUUACCAUUGCUUUAUUUCGCCUGAAGAGCUUCAGCUCGAGAAAUCCGAGAACGUUGAGAGCUUGCUCUUGACGGUGGAGCAAUCUACAGGAGGGUUGAGCGCGCGAGUGUAUGCCAUUGAAGGCUCACGUGUUCUGGAGAUUUCCGACUCGAUGAUCGAAAUGCACACCUCAGACAGCGCUCAGUUCUGCUACGAUCCGUCAGGCAAGCUGCUAAUUCUGGAAAAUGACGAAAACAUGACACUCCAUGUGUACUCGGUUCCAUUCACGAGAAAGUUGAAGCAGAUCGAGCUCAUCAGCAUUUUUGACAGGGAAUUUCGUGAACAGCCUAUCUCUCUCUGCGCUGCUUCCACCAAUAGAGUUCUUGUUUCCAAGGGCAGCACCAUCGCUUUAGUCGACAUCCAAUUUGAGGCUUUGCUAGGCUCCAUUGACCUUUAUGCCAAGUCCAAGGAAAACACCGGCAAACCUCCCAGAACCGCCACUCUCCAGGCCUGUGUGACCGUAAAAGGCAACAGUCUGAAGAGCAGAGAAACUUUUGUUUUGGUGCUUUUGAAGAGCCCUAAAGACAACUUCACAUCUCUGCAGUAUAUCUCUGUGGAUGUUGGGCUCGGAAAGCUGUCCAAUGUUUUAGGAAAAGGAAUCAAGAACUCUUCGCACGCUAGAUUUGCUGGAUAUCCAGCCUUGGUCAACAAAAGCGAGUUCAAGUCUAGCACAAAGGAAAGCAGCUCGUUGAAGACCAGAGAGAGCCAGCUGAGCAGCGCUGCCAAACACGUUUUCGAAACCCUCGAGCAGCUCAAGAAAGAUGGCCGGUUCGACGAGCUGGAGACCCAGUUGGUUGGCUAUUUGAAAAAAAUUGACGAGUCCGACGUUGCAGAGUCCAAAUCCCAGCAGCAGCCGUUUAGGGUAUACGAGGCUGACAAAGACAGGGUGGUCGACCCGGAGUUUGUCCGCCAGGCGCUUUUGUUGCUUUUCGAAGUAAAAGACGGCGCCCUGCAAUUGCCGGCUUAUGUUGCUGAAAACUCGCUCACGUAUCUUCUCACGCACCCGCUAUUCCCGGCCGAGUAUACUCCGGGCCUGCUCCGGACACUGAUGAAGUCUCCAAGGCUGAUGCGGCAGGCCAUAGUGACGUGUCCGAACAUCCCCUGCUGCGAUCUGAUCGAGCUGCUGAGUCUCGUGGAAGACGAGGAAGUAUUCAAAGAUAUCAUUUCCCGAUUGUUAGAGGACUUUUCCAGCGACACGAUCACGCAGGAGACCGCCAGGUUGCUCAAGAACGGUGCCGCCGUGGACCUGGAUGCGAUCAUUGCCCGGAUCCUGAAAUUGAACUACGGCUACCAGAUUCUCAACAACUUCAUCGACUCUGAUGGACUGGUGUUGAGUCUGCACUAUUCGAAGAACCAGACACAGCUGUCGAAGCUGAUUGCCAAAACACAGAAGAAAGUGGAUGCUUUGAUCACAGAUACUCAGCUGCUUACUCUCGUGACACAGUCGCUGUCGAUAGCCGAGCACAGCACCAAGAAGAAGCAUAAGAAACGGAAGGACGUCGAGAUCAACAACACUUCGAUUGUCGAGGAGACGACCAACCUGGACUCGCUGCUACCACUGGGAAACGGCGUGGCGAAAAAAGACCAUGGUCGCAGAAUUCCAAUCUACUCGGUCGAAAAACUCAAUAUAUAG